GAGUUGGCCCCCGUGCACUUUCUGUCCCAUGGCACGACCAUGGUUUUGGGCGAGGAUUCGAGAAUCCGUGAUUACUGGAGGAAAAUUGGAAGGGACGCUUUGCGCCAUGGGGUCAAGGGCGUUAUCAUCAUGGGUGCGCAUUGGAACGCAAAGGGCGAGAAGGAAUUUGUCAAGGUCGCUACGAGUCCCAACCGAACAUUCAUGUCACUCGCCAACGUCCACCCCAAGCAUUGGCAGGACUGGAGGCCUAACCCGGACAUUGCGACAUCGAAGCGCGUGAUCAAAAUGCUCAACGCUGCGGGCAUUGAGGCAGUCGAAGACCCAAACUUUACCUGGAUGAUCGACACGUUCCCAGUCCUGAUUGGCAUGUUCGGCGACAAAUGUCCUCCCACGACCAUUAUUUCCCAAAACUCGUAUUUCGACCCUUUCUUCCACACGAGGAUCGGCUCGACAUUGCGAUCGCUGCGUGAAGAGAAAUACCUGUUUAUUGGCUCUGGAGGCGGAACGCACAAUCUCUACCGGGCACAGUGGAGCUACACGCUCGACUACAAGGACAACUUUGCCAUGGAAGUCCCUCCGGACCCAGACAGCAUGGAAUUCAGACAGGCGCUCGAAGACGUCAUUUGCAAAAUAGGUGGAGGCCCCGAACUACGACGCGGCCUUGCGCGAUUGAUGAAGAACCCAUACUAUCGGGAGGCUCACGGCACUGACGACCAUUACGUCUCUGCUUGUUUUGUUGCUGGUGCUAUUGGCGAUGCUGAAGAUCGCGGCACAAAAGCAUCGCUUGGUGCGGAAGCUUGGGAGCUGCGGACGCAAUGCGAGUGUCAGUUUACGCUUGGGGAAUGGCCCAAAUCGUGGGAAAUCAAAGACAUUAGCGAUUAG